AUGACAGAAACUCAGUCUGUAGCGCCGAUCGAACUGAGGAAGCGCGCCAUUGGGCCUCUGGACAAGCGUAGAAACACAAGGCGCUGUCGGUCAUGUGCGAAACUACGGGUAAAGUGCGAAGGGGGCCCAGCCUGUCAAAGAUGCAUUCGGAUGAAGACUCCCUGCGAGUUGCAACGAGUGCAGCAGCGUUCGAUUCAAUUUAUCCAUGCCCCUAAGCACGGUUUACUUUCAGCAACUCCUUUGCAAAUGCGAAGACAUGAUGACGAUAUAUACUUGGACCAUUUCGCAUCUUUCCUUCAGCGAUGCGACUUUAGCAGAGAAUUUUCUGCCAGUACCAGAGAAAUAAUGGCAAUCAUUGGUCGUUAUCCACUACUUUCGAAUAUCGCAAUCGCGAUCGGUGCUUUGGAUACCAGUAGAAGAGGAUCUAUAAGAUCAUUCACUGGGACCAAAUCGCCUCGAAAUAUUGCAUUUCUUCGAUGUGGUAUAUCAUUGAAAUAUCUCGAUGCGGAAAUUUCAACGAUAACCUCGGUCUUUAGAGAGGAUGUGUUUUGGAGUACGUUUCUUCAUGGACUUUUCGAGCUUAUCGCUGAAAAUUCCGGUGAUUCAUUUGCAACGCAUAUGACCUAUGGCCUAUCCAGGAUGAUCCUUCUAUUGCAACCCGCAGAUCCCCUUUCAAUACCCACGAAGUCUUUGAUCGAUGUUUUCUGGCUUCUUGAAGCCAACAGGUUAAUUAUUUAUGGAGAUGACACCCUGAUUUCUCCGUUGGAAUGCCCAUGGCGCUCAUAUCGGGAUAAUUGGCCAAUUGCGAUGAAAAAUAUUAUCACACUGAUGAUACAGGCUGCCACAUUUGCUCAGAGGCUUUUCACAAGAAUUGAGAGCAUUCCGGAGGAGGGUAGAUGCUUUGAUCCUAGUUUGGACUGUCUCGCAAAAGAAGGAAUCGAAAUCAAAGCAGCUAUUCUCAACUGUAAAGAGAUAAGCAAUUUAGAGGAAAUGCACAAAGACGACUAUACGCGGUUGGCGGUCAUCAUGCAUGGCGCUUUGCUUCUAUACCAUUGUCGGAAUUUUACUUUCUAUUCAUGCUGGGAAAUGCGCGAGACUCCUCAACUUGACCAACGUGAGAUUGAUACGGAGGUGACCAUGAUUCUGUCACAGUCUCAAAUCCUUUUGUCGAACACAGAAAUCCCCGGCGUCCUAUUGUUGUUUCCACUGCGGAUGGCCGGCACCCUCGUCAAAUCCAGUACUUUACAGGGGAAGAUACUGGACAUUCUUUACCAGAUCCGCCGAAAAGGAUUUGUCAUUUCAGAUAGAAUCGAGGCCGAUCUGCAGGAGCUUUGGUAUCAUGAAUGGACCACAACGCAGCCAAAUGAAAUGGAAAUCUGA